AUGUGGAUUCACAUACUUCCCUGCAGAUCACACAUGCAGUAUCACCGGGUUGUAGAGGAUCGUAAAAAAAUAUCCGUUAUCGAUUGUAAAUCACACUCUCCCUCUUUCUUUCCUACUCUCUCUCUUCCUCACUCUCUCUCUCUCUCUCUCUCUCUCUCUCUCUCUCUCUUUCACAUUCUUCCCUAUUUCUCGCUUUUCGACAUCUCUCUUUCCUUUUCUCUCUCAUCUUUUAUUUUAUUUCCUUCCGUUCACCUCUUUUCAUCUCUCUCUUCCCCGUCUUCUCUCAUUUUCUUUCUAUCAUUUUUACUCUCUCUUUUAUUUCUUACUCUCCAUUCUCUCUUUCCUUCUUUUAUUUUCUUCUUUCUCUUUUGUUAUCUUUCCAACCUCUCCUUCACACUUUUCUUUUUUCUCUUCAUUCUUAACCUCUCUUUCCCCCUUUUUCUCCUCUUUCCCUCUGUUGCUUCCCCGUUUUCCCCUCUUUCUUCAUAUUAUCUUCUCCUUUCCUUCUUAACCUCCUCUAUUUUUCCUUCUCUUCCUCUCUUUUUCAUCUCCCUAUUUCUUCUUUCCCUUUAG